UGACAACUAUAGGAGCAGCAAGAAGAGAGCAAGAAGGAAUGGACCAACACAUCAGUCACCACACGGAACAAAACAAAACUUUAAAGACAAAAAGAAAUCCAAACUGCCACAGUUUGUUCAGACUGCCAUCAGUAAAGUCAAAAACAAAAUCACCGGAAAGAAAAAAGGACCAUCUGAGAAGAAGAAAAAAUGGUUAGAAAGAAAGAAUCUGGCAAUGGGCAGUAAAGAGGCAUAUGAAAACCAGUUAAUGGCUUACGACCUGAAACAACUAGACCAACGAUGUAAGAGUAACUUUAAGAGAAAUGCCAACAAGAAGAAAAAGAAGGUAAAACAGAAGAUCCAACAAGGAGGCGGUUGGACCGACCCACGGGAGUGGAGGGGUGUCCAGGUUCAAGUUGGAAAAGGGGGACGACAGGUGAGCCUCCAGCAGACACAUGGCAGGAAGGAUGCAGCUGGCAAAAGGAAGUCCAGGCAGAGGAGUGACAGGAGGAAAAAAGCCAACCAGAUCAAACAUGAGCAGGCACAGCAGGGGUGGGGACAGGGGGCGACAGGACACUCUAAACAUGCUAAGAAGAAAUUUGUUAGUGCUCAGGGCUUCGUCUCCUCAUUCAGGGGAUUCAACCAUGGAAAAAAACAGUGGUGACUUCUGGGUAAUUUGCUGGGCUCAGGUUGACUACAGAUGUGAACUUUUUUUAGAUCGAU